ACAGCUCCGACUGUCUCGAAGGCCCCGCCCCCUCAGCUCAACCGACCGUGCAGAAGCAACUUAUGCGUGGGAACAAAACUUCUUACAUUUCGCUGAAUGUAGAUUAAUGUGACAUAACGUAUUAUAAAACACAUCACGUUUUCACUUAAAGCAUAUUAAUGCGCACACAAUGACGCGAGAGGAGGACCUGUUGCGGAUUGCUAAAAAACUAGACAAGAUGGUGUCUAGAAAUAACAUGGAUGGAGCUCUAGAUCUUCUAAGAGAAUUGAAAGAUUUCAACAUGACACUGAAGCUUCUUCAGGAUACAAGAAUCGGCAUGUCAGUCAACAGAAUAAGAAAACAUUGCACCGACGAGGAUGUUGUCAACUUGGCAAAGAUCCUUAUCAAAAAUUGGAAGAAGCUUUUAGAAUCGGCUCAAAACCAAAAGUCUGAGAGGUCAAAUGAGGUGAAGAAUGGCAAUCAUCCAAGCAAGCCAUCAGGGUCCCCCAACAGGACCCCUCCUGAGAGAGAGUCCAGUCCACGAAGGUUAACAAUGGAAUUUAAACCAGACUUAGACUCGAACAAGAAACUUGAUGAAAAACACAGAAGAGAGAAAUGUGAUGCAGAGCUCAGGAAUGAAAAACGAGAAGGUGAACAGAAAAAAGAGAAACAAUCUAUAAACAAUAAAAGGGAACGAGAGAGGAGAGAUGCAUUGAACAGGGAUCAUCUUCCCUCCCCAAUGAUGCUUUCAUCUCUGCCUCCCAAGUGUCCUCCGGUUGGGGAAGUGAAGAGGGAGAGGAAAGAUGCUCCUGUUGAUUUUUUCCCUCCUGCUUCAAUCCAUUCCCACCCUCCUCUAAGACGCUCAUCAGUAGAUGUAAAGAAAGAGAGAAAAGACUCUCAGGGUCCUUUACAGUCUUUUCUCAGUAAACAUCCCUCCAUAGAUGGAAAGAAAGAAAGGAGAGAUGCACCUCAUCCUUUCUUUCCUCUUCAUCAUCACAUUCAUCCUCCACCUAUUCCUAUCCCUAAGCGUUCAGCAGAGGUGAAGAAUGAAAGGAAAGAUCCUCCUGAAACUUUACCUCCUCCUGCUCCUAUCCUUUCUUCUCCUCCUCCUCCCAAACGUCCAUCUCUAGAAGAGCCCAAAGAAAGGUCUGAGCACCUUUCAGCUAAAGAGGGUUUGUUGCCAGUGAAUAGAAAAUCAGUGGCAAAAAAAGCACCUGAUCCGAAUGCCCCGCUUCCUCCUUUACCUUUUCAUCUACAUCCUCCUCAGAAACGUGAGAUGAAGAAAGAGAGAAAAGAAACUGCUGAACCCAGUGCUCCUCUUCCUCCUGUUCCUCUCCAUCUUCAGCCUCCUACACCUAUGAAACGUCCCUCAUUAGACGCAAAGAAAGACAAAGAGAAAGAAAGAAAAGAAACAUCAGACCCGAAGCGACGGACUUCUGAACACAAUGAGAAAGAUAGAAAAGACACAAGUGACAGCAAACCACUCAAAAGGCCAUCAAUGAAGAUCGAGAUUGAGAGACAAGACUCUACAGGUUCUAAAAAGCUCCAUUCUAGAAAGCUCAGCCUGGAUGGACGGAGAGACAGUAAGGACUCUACUGACUCCAAGUCAAGCCAUCACCUUUUGAAAAGACAAUCAAGUGAACCUAAAUUGGAGAGGAGAGAUUCUACUAACUCCAGGUCUGGAAGCUCACCUCAGGCCAAGAAAUCUAAUGAAAGCAAGAGUAAACCAGAGACCCCAAAGACGCCCACAACACCCACAAGCCCCCUCUCCCCGUCGUUUAGCUCCAGUGUGGGUCCUUUAUCUCCUCGUCUGCAAACUGGGGAUCCCAUCAGGGACAAAUGCAUUGAAAUGCUGACUGCUGCGCUACGUACAGAUGAUGACUACAAAGACUAUGGGGCAAACUGUGAGGGCAUGGCAGCAGAACUCGAGGAUCAUAUCUACCAGGAGAUAAAAGCCACAGAUAUGAAAUACAAGAACAGAGUUCGCAGCCGCAUAAGUAACCUCAAAGAUCCCAAAAAUCCCAAUCUGCGUAAAAAUGUCUUAGCUGGAGCCAUCGAUUUGAGCCGCAUCGCCAUCAUGACUGCUGAGGAGAUGGCUAGUGAUGAACUGAAACAGUUGAGAAACGUGUUGACCCAGGAGGCCAUCCGAGAACAUCAGAUGGCCAAGACUGGAGGAACCACCACUGACCUGCUGCAGUGUGGCAAGUGCAAGAAGAAAAACUGCACCUACAACCAGGUGCAAACCCGCAGUGCUGAUGAACCAAUGACCACCUUUGUGUUGUGCAAUGAAUGUGGUAACCGCUGGAAGUUCUGCUAAACUGAAGCCAGAACUCCAAGAACAAUGACCAUGUAGGAUUCCUCAUCCUUUUUUUUUUUUUUUUUUUUUUUGGAAGAGAAAGUAAUAUAACAUUCUAUUCUACCAGAAAAUGGCCCCAAAUUUAUAAUAGGUAAAUUAAAGCUGCAGUCCGUAACUUUUUUGAUUUCAACAUUUAUAUAAGCAAAUACACCAUGAAUCCAUUUUCCAAACCUUGUUUUUGACUUACCCUGAAUCACUACGGUACACCUAUAAUAAGUGUUUAUAGUAUUUUAGGUUUGGGUAGCUGCCGCUGCAGUGUAGUCCAGUAACUGUGUGAUUCAUUUCAUCAUAGACAUAAACACACAGAAGUACAAUGUUCUGUUUAUUGACUGCUAGAGCACCAAAAGUUAUGAACUGCAGCUUUUAAUCUUUAACUUUUACUGAGGAACAAAACAUAGCAAAGAGGGUGUUCUGUUUAUUCUUAAUUGAAGUGAAAAUUAAUUACCUAGGAAAUGUAAAUCUGUUUAAAAUGUACAUUUUUAUACUGUUUUAUGAAAUGCCAGAACUAAUAUUAUUAUUUUUUUUUUUUUUUACUUGAUUAAUCAGUUUACUAUGCAGAAUUUUAUUGUGGUCAGAUGUAAAAAAAUUUAAAAGGAAAUUCAAAUUUGAAAAUGUAAUAUGUAAUUUAUCAAGAGAAUCCUAAUCUAUUUCAGAUGUAGCAGCUAUAAUGUUUAGUAAAACACAGAUAAUUAUUUUAAAUGGAUCUAAAACACUCUUUUUUCCCUUUUUUAUUAUUAUGGUAAAACAUAAAAUGUUACAGCGAUUAAAACGGUUUAAUUCAAAUAAUAAAUGUAAUAUUGAUUUGAAUAAAUUGUUAUAUUGAU